AUGGGGCUAUACGUCAGGUACUCCUCGAGGGGGGACGGACAGCUGCCCCUGCAGCCCGGUAAUCAACAGCGAGCCAAGCCACGGCUGGAUACUCACUCGCUGCCGCGCUCGAUAGGUGAGCUGGCCCGCGGAGACGGGCACGGCCCGGUCAAGACUCCCCUACAGCAGCACCAUCAGCAACAGCACCACCAGCAACAGCAGCAGCAGCAGCAUCACCAGCAACAGCAGCACCACCAGCAACAGCAGCACCACCAGCAACAGCAGCACCUACAGCAACAACAGCAUCACCAGCAACAGCAACUACAGCAACAGCAUCAUCAGCAACAACAACAACAGCAACAACAGCAGCAACAGCAGCAGCAUGCUGUCCGGCCCCGUGGCCACGUCAAGAAGACCGACAGCUCCCAGCAGACUGACAAUGGCGGCUUCCGGCAAAUCUCCAACGUCCAGUGGAAGAAGUUCGUGGAGGGUGACCGCGUGCCGGAGCUGCUGCGGCCGCACACGGACGUGAGGGAGCCGUCCAGAGGCGGCGCCGGGGCCGGCGGGGGCGGCGGGGCCGGAGGCGCGAGGACCGCCCCCGAGGCGGGCCCCGGCCAUGGCGCGCCCAACGGGGCCGCGCGCAGAAGCAACGGCGUGCACCCGGGCGCGGACCGGGAGCGGGAGCGACAGCGGCGGCCACCGGGGAAGGAUGACGGACACGUGAGGUCCGAGAGGAUGGACCUCCGCGGGCAACCGACGCCGCCGCCGCCCAACCACCCGCCGCCGCCCGCCCCCGCGCCGCCAAGCCCGCCCGGCCACGCCAUGCCGGGGGCGGUCGGGUCCGGGGGCGGCGGCGGCGGUGGGGGUGGCGGCGGCAGCGGCAGCAAGAGCGGCAAGGUGCGGGGCGUGCCGCCGAGCUUCGGCUACGUGAAGAGACCCACGAGCAGCGGCAGCUCCAAGGGCGAGGCACGCACCGCGCAGGUGUCCGCCGUGCCGCGCACCAAGCUCAAGGUCUCCGGUGGCACUCAGACGUGCACGAGCGACUACAAGUCGUACUCUCUGACGGGGCCGGCCGCCAGUCAGCUGUCUCAGAGCGUCCGGGACCGCCUGAUGCAGGGCUCGCACUCGCUGCCCAGGAACGCGACGACGGCGGCCGCGGCCGACUACCCGUCGAGCACCGGGCCGCACCGGCCGUUCCGGCCGAGCGACGGCUCGCUGUCCGACUCAAACUACACCGACCUGCAGAGCUACUACAGCAGCCCGGCCUACAGCUCGUGGCUGCGGCACAGCUCGCACGGCUCCACCACGCUGCCCACGCGCUCCAAGUACGAGGGCAUGUCCGAGGCGGACUCGAUGGAGUCGCUGAGCUCGCUGCCCGCGCUGCAGCAGCACCGCGCCAGCCUCACGCACCCGCGGCUGCUCGCGCGGGACUCGGCGCGCCUCAACCGCAGCAACAGCAUCCGCUCCACCAAGUCCGAGAAGAUGUACCUGCAGCGCAACGAGGAGGGCAUGAGCGUGCUGGGCUCGCUGGGCUCGCUGGCGGCGCUCGGGUCCAGCCCCAGCAGCCAGCACCUGUCCGCCAGCCUGGCGGCCAUGGGCAUGGGCGGGGCGCAGGGCGGGCCCGUGCCCUACCACCACCAGUCGCAGCCCACCAGCCCCACCGCCGGCCAGCUCGCGCAAGGCGCCAGCAGGUUCAACUACACCAUGUCGUCCAUCUCGGCGUCGGCCUCGAGCCACGGCAUCAGCCGCACCAGCAUGUCGCCGUACUCGGGCAUGAUGAAGUCCAAGGACGAUGACGUGCACGGGUCCUCGGUGAGCCUCGUGUCGACGGCGUCCUCGCUGUACAGCACGCCCGAGGACAAGCACGCGCACGAGAUCCGCAAGCUGCGCAAGGAGCUCAACGACGCCCAGGAGAAGGUGCACACCCUCACCAGCCAGCUCUCCACUAAUGCUCAUGUGGUGUCCGCCUUCGAACAGUCCCUCUCCAAUAUGACUGCUCGUCUUCACCAGCUGACGUCUUCAUCAGAGAGAAAGGAUUCCGAGUUGUUGGAAUUGAGGCAAACUAUUGAGCUUUUGCGCAAACAGAGUGUUGAGGCUGGUCUUACAUCAGCUUAUAUUCAGAAUAUGUCACCAAACCUAACGAGGAGGCAUACUGUCACUGAUGGGGAAGGGAUGACAAUGUCGAGACAAUUGUCUACAGAUUCCGUUUCAAGUCUCAACUCUCUGUCAUCGGCCUGUAGUCAUUCGAGCUCAGCACAUCCUGCUUGUGGUUCACCUGGGAACAAGAAAAAGAAAGGCUGGCUAAGAAGUUCCUUUAGCAAAGCGUUUUCUAGGUCAAAGAAAAAUAAAAAUGGCUCAGUUUCUGAUGUGGAAGAUGCUAGGGGUAUGCUUUCGGACCUCUCCGCCCCAUCGUCACCACUGCUGAAUGGUGGAAAUAGUACUCUGUCAUCACUCGCCAAUCAGAAUACAAAACUAAGCCAGUCAUCCUCGGCGAUAUACCAAGGAAAUGGACUAGAAGAACCCAACUGCCCUGAGUUGGUAGAUGAACUUCGUAAACAGCUUCGAGAGAAAGAUCUUGUGCUCACUGAUAUUAGACUUGAAGCUCUAAGUUCUGCACAUCAGCUGGAGAGUCUUAAAGAUACAGUUAUGAAAAUGAGGAAUGAAAUGCUAAACUUAAAGCAGGACAAUGAAAGGCUACAAAGAAUAGUUACAAGUAAAUCCCUAACUACAUCCCAAUGUUCUUUAGCAAUGGACAGUUUAGAGAGGAGGUUCAGUAUGACUGAUGCAACUAACUCUAAUAUUGACACUGUUGAUUUCUUAAACAAUAGUGCAUCCUCUACAAGCACUAUGUCUAUGGCGGCACUUGCUGCUUUAGAUCCUGAUGGCAAGCGCACUCCUGUCUCUGUACUGCUUGGUGCUCACGGUAGCUAUGAGAAGUAUCUAGAGGAAGCAGGAGAGUCAGCACCUCAAAUGUGCAGUGUGGCAGCUAUUGCUGUUUCGGGGAAGACAAAAUGGGAAGUUCUGGAUACCUUGAUCAAACGCUUGUUUAAAGAAUAUCUUUCAAGGGUGGAUCCAACCACUAGUUUGGGUUUAGGCACAGACUCCAUAGCCAGUUAUCACGUGGGUGAGGUGAUACGGUACAAAGACUCACCGACUCCAGAGCUUCUUCCUUGUGGAUACCUGGUUGGCAAUGCAGACUCAAUAACAAUCUGUUUGAAGGGAGCGGUCCAAAACGGAAGUGUUGAUGCUCUAGCCUUUGAAACACUGAUCCCAAAGUCCAUUAUACAGAGAUAUAUUUCACUUCUAACGGAACAUCGUAGAAUAAUUCUUUGCGGACCUAGUGGCACUGGUAAAUCUUACUUGGCCAAUAAAUUAGCUGAGUUUUUAGUUCUUCGAAGUGGGAAAGAAUCAACAGCUGAAUCUAUUGCAACAUUCAAUGUUGAUCAUAAAAGUAGCAAGGAGCUGCGACAAUACCUCGCUAAUGUAGCUGAGCAAUGUGAAAAUAAUGCAGCUGACCUGCCAUCAGUUAUCAUUUUGGACAAUCUUCACCAUGCAGCCUCUUUAGGGGAUGUUUUCAAUGGAUUUUUAAAUGCUAAAUACAGCAAAUGUCCAUACAUAAUUGGCACCAUGAACCAGGCUACCUGCUCCACAACUAAUUUACAGCUUCACCACAAUUUUAGGUGGAUUUUAUGUGCCAAUCACAUGGAACCAGUUAAGGGAUUUUUGGGUCGAUACUUAAGACGCAAACUAUUAGAGACUGAAGCAAGAGAGGGCUCCUCAAAUUCUGAUAUGGCAAGAGUGUUGGAUUGGAUACCCAAAGUUUGGCAGCAGCUAAACAAAUUCUUAGAAGCUCAUAGUUCAUCUGAUGUAACAAUAGGUCCUCGACUGUUUCUUCCGUGUCCAACUGACUCAGCAGGAUCUCAAAUUUGGUUUACCGAUCUAUGGAACUACUCUCUGGUGCCAUACCUCUUGGAAGCAGUUCGUGAGGGAUUGCAACUAUAUGGUCGUCGUGCCCCUUGGGAGGAUCCAACUGUUUUCAUUGUCCAAACUUAUCCCUGGACAGAAGACGCUGUGCAGGGUGGGCAUGAAGCCCUUCUAAAACUUCGAGCAGAAGACGUAGGAUAUGAUAUGCAGCCUAUGGUUGCUGGUGGAAACAGUAUAAGGAGCAUGAGUUCAACUCAUAGUGAUACAGAUGGAGAUCCUUUGCUCAACAUGUUGAUGCGUCUUCAGGAAGCUGCAAAUUAUUCCAGUCCACACAGCAAUGAUUCGGAUUCAGCAAGCCAUGAAUCUCAUCCAUCAAGUUCACACGCAGACUCUGUGAGCAGCUCACAUAUAAAUGCUCGUUUAGAAUCAUCCUUAUGAUAAGUGUUGGACUGCAGUACUGCUGUUCAGAUAGACCAAAGAGAGAGAGAUUUGGUGAGAUAGAUCCUAAGUUUAUUUUAUUUCAAUAAUAAUGUACAGUAGAAUCUUUAUUUCAAAAGGGUAUUAACAUUGAGUUAAGUAUAACAAUAAUUCCCUUUUCACUUCUUUUUUUUUUCUUUUAAUAUGGAUUUAUUGCUCUGCAAUCAGGCAUAUGCUAGUCAAUAAUAAUAAACUGUAUUGUUAUGUUAAACUUGGACCAUUGCAACUCAAAGAUUUCUCCUAAAUAUUUUCAUAACUUGGUGCAGACACCUGUCUCUCCACUUAAAAUUACAUUGCUCUCGGUAAAGUGCCUUUCUUAUCUUUUUUUCUGAUCAAACAAAUCAAUCUUCAUUUGUAACAAACUGAAAUGUUGAUGGAAUGGACUUGUAAGGUUUCUUUAAUCUGGCUUGGUUUGAUUUCAAAGAAGCAGAGGUUCACUACCCUAAUUGCGUACCUCUUCCAAAUUCAAAUCAAGUCUAUGAAAUAGUAACCUUGAAAGAAUGGUGCAGCAAUCAAAUACGAUAUAGUCAUAUUGGACUGCUGCUUGUGUGCUUAGUCAACUUUGUCCCUUUUUUCACAUUUAUUGAUGAUCAUAAUAGAAUCUAUCAUGAAAUUUUAAUAAGUCACUGCCAUCAUCUACAUAAUCUUUUGUAUUAGGAAAAUAUUGUGAGUGUUCUGCUUUAAAAUACCUGCUAUGCUUUCUAUAAGUUAUCCAAAUGUUAUUGGCAUUAUUGACUGUUUUUUCUAAUCAACCAUUCUAAAUGAAAACUAAUAUUAGUGUAUGAAAUUUAAGGGUAAAUUUUAAAUAUCACACCCUAACAAAGGAGUACCCUCUAGACCUUAGAAACCAAGAUGUCUUUGCAUAAGAUUGAAAGGAAAUAUGAUCAGUAUUGUAGUUCAAGUGCGCUUCAAUUGUUUAAUCCAUUUUUGCUGUGUGAUUAUUAAGAAGCUGAGCUGCUUAUUGCUUUAACUGGUAUGUAACCAUUUUUAAAUCAAACCUUAGUUUGAUUCCAACUACGCAAAAGAAAAGCCCAUCUUUCAAAGCAAAGACUGCCUAAACUAUUUUCUAUGUUAGCCAGUAAGUUGUUAAAAAAAAACAUACUUUCUCCUGAUAUAGUUUUAAGUUAGAAAGCUGCUCUGAAGACAAGAGUGAACUGGAUCUUGAUCACUGACAGAGAAAGUAAGUGGAAUCUUUUUCAUUUAUUUUUCAUUUUAGUGGUGUCUUAAAUGACUGACAUUUUCUGGGUGGGAAAUUUAUUUUAAAACUGACGUUACUCUACACAUGUUAUAUGUAAUAAGGCCUUUGCAGACCAAAAUGUCCAGUACAAUAAUAUUCUUCUGUAGCUUUGUACUUCUAAAACUUUUUGAGAAAUUUUUGGCAACCCUUGUUAUUAAAUUGUUAGAACACUGACUUUGACUUUCUACCAAAUGGCUAUUUAAAAAUCAAAUCUCAUAUUUUCACCCCCUCUGUAACAUUAAGAUAUGGAAUUUCACCAAACAAAAAUUAUAAUAAUAAAAUGUUGAUUAGACCUCAUUGACCUCAUGGAUUUUGUGUCAAUGUUCUAAUGUAAAAUUAGAUUCAGCGUGAUCACCAAUUGUAUUUCUGUAAUUAGGGAUGAUUCAGCUCUACUUUUUCUGGCUAGACUCUAAAAAGUUUAAAAUUUAUCACAAGCUGAUAACAGCCAACUAUUUUGUGAAAUAUUUCAGAUUUGAGCUCACAUACAUGUAAAUUAAAUUUGUAUUAGUGUGUGAUGUUUCUGAUCAGAAAUGAGUUUUUCUUUUUGUUCUAUAUGAUGUAAAUAAUGUACAGAAAAAAAGGGCACAAGCCCUAGAGCUUCAUUGUUUGUGUGGUACCUGUUAAAACAUAUACCUUCUGUAUCAUAUGUAAAGUAUUUAUUUAGCUAAAUAUUUUUUGUUUGUUCUUUGUACAUAAAAGCCACAACCUGCUUUAGUACUAUAACAAUUAUUGUUGUAUUAUUUGGACAAUAAAUAUCAUUUCCAAAACAAUAUUACCAACCAA